AUGGCACCCCGACCGUCCCUGGCGCGUCGCACGCUUGCGCCGCAGGGUGAACACAUCUACGAGCUCGGUGUAGUGGGGAGGAAAACUGGCGUUACCGUACCCGAUUCGGGUGUCCGCGACGAACAUGGCAUGGAACCGAUUGAGAACCUCUUUUCGUCCCCCGGCAAGUCGGACCAGGAGGAGAAUCAAGAAAACUCGGAUGAUUAUGGGAGUGGCGAAGAGGCGAUGGACAUCACAACGACAUCAGGAAUUGGGCCCGCCGCCCUGCUUAAAAGCCAAGGUAACAGGCUGCCAGUACCAUUGUCGCGCGUUCGAUCACCGGCCAAGACUCUACUCAACUCGCCCGCCCAGCGCAAUCGGUUCCUCGCGCGCAACUCGUCAUCCCCCGCCCGCGGUUCCGUCAUUAGGAACGACGGCUCGCGGUCGAGCAGCCAGCCGACGGGCGACUCCACCGUUGCCGCUACGAAGCGGCGCCUCGACUUCCGCAGUGUCGCGAAUGGCGGCCCGCACUCGCUUUCGCAACCCCAGUCAUUAAGCCACCAUCGCAUGCAGCCAUUGCAACACGAGGAUGAAGAAGAGGCCGAGGUGUUGAACGGAGCGGACGAAUACGGGGCGGACGAGGAUAACGACGACGUCAACGACUUUGUUGAAGAAUCCAUGGCCAUGCUGAACGGCGCUGAUGACGACGAUCUCGGGGAACCGGAAUUAGACGCGCCACAGGAGGAGGAAUCGGUCGGAGAAGUCGAUCCACCGACACCUGUCGCUGCGAAGAAAAAACCUGGACGACCGCCCAAGAAGCAAGCGACCGUGUCGGCCAAGAUUGCAGCGGUUCAGCGGAAGCCUGCUCCGGCAGUUCUAGAAGAGCAAGGAGAUGCAGAUGAUCAGGAAGACGACGGGCAACCUGAGGAUGAGGAGGAACAGGAGCCAACACCGGAACAGGCGAGGCCGGCGCCAGGACGACGCGGACGACCAGCCAAAACCACAAAACCACCAGCAGCUGCCGCUCCAGCGCCCUCUGCCCGCGGUGCUAAGAAGCGCCGCUCGUUGGAGGGGCCAACAGAAACCGAGCCGGACCAGCCUGAUCCAAAACGCCAACGCAUUUCGCCCGCUGGUGCCGCUGAAACCAAGAAACGAGGUCGCCCCCCCAAAUCAGCCACCGCUGAAUCCUCAGCAGCAGCAGCAGCAAAGCCGAAACCCCGCGGCCGCGGUCGCAAACCAUCUCCAGAUGCCGACGUAGGCGACACCUCGCACAUCUCCAUCGCGCGGCGUCCGCCCCUUCCCAAAUCCCGCGGCCUCCUAAUCAACCGACCGGCGGCGUCACGUCACGAACACCUCGACGACCCGAACUCAUCCAUGCGCCGCACCCGCUCCGGCCGCACAUCUUUCAAACCGCUCGCGUAUUGGCGCAACGAGCGCGUCGAAUUCGACCGCGGCGAGGCCGAGGAUACCUUCGUCGGUCGCAAAAAGACGGGCCGGUUCGUACUGCCUAGCGUGAGCGGGAUUGUCAGGGUGGAUGAGCCUGAGGUGGACGUCAAACGCGCCGGAGCUGGAAGGAGAGGGAGGAGGAAGAGUACUGCUGCCGCUGCUGCGGGCGGGAAGCGCGGGAGGAGGAGGAGGAGCGGUGCUGCCGGGUAUGACGGCGACGACUACGAUGACGACUCGGGCGCACAUGGGCCUGCGGAGGUCUGGGAGCUAGACCCGGGCACGGUCACCGGCGAAGUCGUGGUCUGGCAACCCGAGUAUGAGUUCAGUCCACCGGCACCGAACGACAUCAUCAAUGUCAUAGACAAGCAGCUUGCCAUCAGCAGUGCGGCGAUCAAAACUACCGAGGUCGUCGGCGGCGAGUUCCGCUACGCCAAGGUGUUUAGUGAAGGGUUUAUUGGCGCCGGUGUGGUGGACUUGCCGCCUGGGGCGGUGAAGCGACUCAAGAACUCGCGCAAGGUGUUUAUGAUAUUUUUUGUUCACGCCGGCAGGGUGUUGGUAACCGUUCAGGAGACGAGUUUCCGCAUCAGCAGGGGAGGCAUCUUUAUCGUGCCAAGGUACAAUGAAUACACCAUCGAAAAUGACUAUGACCACCCGGCGCGCAUCUUCUUUGCGCAGGGCCAGGAGGUGGCGGUGAAUCCACCAGACGAGCAGGACGGUGGUGCUGAGGGAGAAGAAGAGGAUGCCGAUGAGGAAGUAGAGGUUAGUGAAGGGGAGGAGGGAGAAGAAGAAGAAGGGAGUGAGGAGGAGUAA